UCAACUACAAAAACAAAGAAGCUUCAGUGAAACGGCGCUCGGUUUUGCCAUAUGUUUGUGGUUUUUGGUUUGUUAAAAUAGAUACAAAUGUUUGACAGUCUUUAAAUAGUUUGGUAUAAAAAAAAGUAUGCACCUAAAAGGGUUUCCGAAAGUUUCACGACAGCGGUUAUGUCGUGAAUACUUGCUAAACUAAGUUAGCUAGCUAGCAAGCAGGUAAAUCGACCUGGCUGCUGCUCCUCCUGAAGCCCAAACCAAGAAUCCUGAUGGCUUUAACUUCAGCUGCCAAAGAAGCAAGCCAUGAAGUUGACUGUUGUCUGGCACCGGCUUCAAGAGAUGCGCUCACCAAAGAUGCAGAAGAUGACAGAGGAAGCAUCAUGAGGCCUGAGUUCAGCCAUCUGAGCCAGGAGAAGCCUGUGUUUCCCGGUGGUGUUACUGACUCCAGUUUCUUCGUCCACCUUAAUUUAAGUGAUGAAGACAGAGUUCCCUUCACUAUCAACAGAUACCUGAGAGACUACCAGAGGGAAGGUAUCAAAUUCAUUUACAAGAACUACAUCCGCUCCUCUGGUUGUAUCCUCGGUGAUGACAUGGGCCUUGGAAAAACUGUUCAGGUCAUUGGUUUUCUUGCUGCUGUGCUGCACAAAACAGGCACAUGGGAGGAUGUAGAGAACAACCGGCCUCUGUUUCUGCAAAGUCAGAUACCCUCCAAGGAGUCUAAUUCAAACAAAGUGUUUCUCGUUGUGGCUCCACUGUCGGUGCUUUAUAACUGGAAAGAUGAAUUGGACACGUGGGGUUACUUCCACUGCGUUGUGGUCCAUGGCCUGAGGAAAGAGGAGGAGCUGACACGGAUCAGCAAUGGUCGCAUUGAGAUCGCUCUUACCACCUACGAGACUCUUCGACUCUGUCUGGAUCAGUUCAAUAUGAUAAAUUGGUCAGCUGUGUUUGUUGAUGAGGCCCACAAGAUAAAAAAUCCCAACUCUCAAAUCACUCAGGCCAUGAAGGGCCUGAGAUGUAAGGUCAGAAUUGGACUCACGGGGACCAUUUUACAGAAUAAUCUGGAGGAGCUUUGGUGUGUCAUGGAUUGGGCCGUUCCAGGUUGUCUUGGCAACUUGGGACAUUUCAAGAACAAGUUUUCCGAUCCAGUUGAGCAAGGUCAGAGGCACAGUGCAACCAAACGGGCCCUUGCUACUGGGAGGAAGACUGUUAGAGCUCUGGUGAAAAAGAUUUCUCCCUGGUUCUUGAGGAGAACUAAAGCUCUGAUCGAAGAACAGCUGCCUAAGAAAGAUGACAGGGUGGUGUACUGCUCUCUAACAGACUUUCAGCAGGCUGUGUAUCAGGCUGUGUUGGACACGGAGGACGUGACUCUGCUGCUGAGAUCUUCAGACAAAUGUGAAUGUCAAAGCGGCCGAACCCGCAGAAGCUGCUGCUAUAAAAAAAACUCCGAAGGGGCUCAGAUUAAAGAACUUUAUUUCAGUUACUUGGCCAUCCUGAGGAAAGUUGCAAACCACGCUGCCCUGCUUCAGUUCACUCCUGGCACCAGCAAAAAACAGGAGAAGUAUGUGAGUUCUAUUUGUGCAAAGGUUUUUCCGAAUUUCCCCGACUUUGUGCAGAGAUGCAGAAAUGAAGCUUUCGAAGCUCUUUCCGACCCAACAUACAGUGGAAAAAUGAAGGUGCUGCAGAAAUUACUCAAAUACUAUUUGCAAAAGAGAAGCAAAAUGCUCAUCUUCUCUCUGUCAACAAAGCUGUUAGAUGUGCUGGAGAGCUACUGCAUGGCAGAGGGUCUGGACUACAGCCGGUUGGACGGAACCACCAAAUCCAAAGACAGAGUCCAGAUAGUGAAAGACUUCAACAGCUCCUCUCAUGUAAAUCUGUGCCUAGUCUCCACUAUGGCAGGUGGUCUUGGGCUUAACUUUGUCGGUGCUAAUGUAGUGGUGCUGUUUGAUCCCACCUGGAAUCCUGCCAAUGAUCUCCAAGCUAUUGACCGGGCGUAUCGCAUUGGUCAGUGCAGGGAUGUUACUGUUCUUCGACUGAUCUCGUUGGGGACCGUAGAAGAGAUUAUCUACCUCAGACAAGUUUACAAACAGCAACUGCAGUGUUCGGUGGUUGGCGAGCAGAGCGCCAGGCGGUAUUUUGAAGCAGUGCAAGGCCACGGCGUCUAUAAAGGGGAACUGUUCGGGAUCAAAAACCUCUUCAGGCUGCAGACCCAGGGGACCUGCCUCACCCGCAGGAUUCUAGAGAGGGAAGGAUUAGUGGAGGCUGGUGUGAUGACAGCGAAAACUCACAGUGGUGAUGAAAAGGAGAAAGAGGGGAAUGGCGAACCUGGUGAUGCACUGACAGGUGCUGCAGGGUCUAAUAAUGAAGCAGCCAAGGGGAAAGAAGCCUUAGAGGCCUCCAGAGAUGUGCUGGACUUCAGUAGUGGGAGCGAAACGGAAGAGGAGAAACAAGUACUUAAAGGAAAAGCUUCCAACCUGAGUUGUGACAGCAACUUGGGGAAAGCUAGCACAGCUUCUGGUCGAAUGAAUCUCCUCCAGCACGGUUUCUCCAGGCUUCUCGAAGGGGCUAAAGAAAAUCCAGACAAAAGCAGUAGCUCAGAAACUGAAGACACUUCAUCUGAAGAGGAUGCCGAAGAUCAAAAGAUGAGGAAUGUUCCAGAAUCCAGGUUAAAAAAUUGGAGCACAGAGAGAAAAUUUGAAGACUGCAGAGAUGAGAUUUUUCAGGAAAAGGAGGAAACUGUUAGAAUGAGAGAAAAAAGAGUGGAAGUGGUUGAGGAGAGCGGUAUAAACUCUUCACCAGAAAGGGAGCAAGCAGACAAAAAUAGAGAACUACUUCCUAAAUCGCACCACUUUCAGGGUUACUCGGAUGAAUCUGAUGAUUUGGACCUGGAAGCAAAGACACGACCCAAAAAGGAGGCUUACAGUUCAAACAAUACAGGAGCAGAAAUUGGGAGGGGCAAGCAUGACCACAACAAAAGGAGACGAAGUACUAGUGUGAGGGACAAGGCGAGAUCUAAGUACACAGCAGACAUAGAGACAUUCACGUCUUCAGAGGAUGAAGCAAUUCCUACGACUGAUCCAACUGCAAGAGGAGCAUCGAGGCCAAAGGCCGUUUCAUUUACAAGUCUGAGAAACCAGACGUCACCAGCAUCCAAAGAGAGGAAUAGAACCAUCGACUGUGUGCUAGGUGGAGUACAGGAGGUGGUGUUUUCUCACUCAAAUCAGCGUGUCGUGGGUGGAAGCAGAGCCGAAGAGCUAAUCAGUAGAGCUGCUGUUCGGGAUGUGUUUGAACGCAAGAUGUACUCGCAGCUUCCAGCCAAUAACUUAGUUGGUACCCAGGAGAGUCUGCCCAUGAGCCUUCCAGAAAGACCGCCUUGCCCUGCUAACGUCACAGAGCAGAGACCCAACGCGGACCAUCCUGUCCUCUUCUCCAGCAAAAGUACACACUGCAAAGGACACGCCACUGUUGUCAUCGGAGAGACUCCCAAAGCCAUACAGAGGUUACAACUAAUGGAAAUGGCACAGAAGUUCACGUUUGCCUCAGUCCAUCAGUUUGCUGAAGAAAUCCUGAAAAGAAGUUCAGCUGACAGACUGGCAUGGCUGCGACAGUAUUACACGUCCUUCAAUCAUCCUGAACUUGCUAAUAUUAUAACAGAAAACUUCUCCUCCACCUCAUCUGCCACCUCUUCAUCAAUCCCAAAAGACCCGCAGAAGGACUCUUUGAGGGACAGGAAAAGACUCAAGAAUGAUGGAGCUAAACCUCAAAGUUUACAAAAUACUGUCUCUGUGCCACAAAAUAGAUCUGACGUCCAGAAAGACGAUGGCCUUGAACCUCCCAGAAAGCAAAAGAAAGGACAAAAGAAAGCACUACAAACUCUGGCGAACAUUUCAAGCCCCGACUUAACCGACCAGGAGGUCUGCCCUGCCAGAGGACCCAAGAGGACAAAGAGAGCUAAUGUUUCCAGCUCUGGAGCCCACAGAGCAGGGGGUGGUCCUGGCAUGGAUCAGGCCAUCAUCAGUGGUCUGGGGUCCGUGGCGGCUGCUGCUGUCCUGAACCGCACAGACAGAAAUUCACCUUCUUCUUCUGACCUCAGCUCUGCCGUAGCAUCCAACCCUGCGGCACUGAAAGGCGAGCUGGAGCAUAAACCCACCCGGACUUCCAGUAAGUUCUCCUUUCUAACCGACCUGGUAGGAGAUACGUCCAUUCUGGAUGAAUUACUGAAACCAAAACCCAAGGUGGAACAGCAGCUGACUAAAACUCCUUCAGGUGGAAGAGAAGCAGGCGAUCCUGAUUCAAGCCCCUGCACUGCUGAGCAGGUCCACAGACCGCCGCGGGCGCCAAAGGGAGCCCGCAGAGACAUAUGGGACAUCCUGGAUGAGGGCAAUGAGGAGAGCAUCAACAGGUUAACAGACCCAGAAGAAGUCCAGAGAGUUUGUAUCGACACCAACCUAGCAGCCAGAAGGAAAUCUGGACAGAAUGAGAGCAAGAGUCUCUGGAAGACGAAUGAAAAGUUCCUGUGGAAAAAAGGAGAUCUUUAACUUUUUACUGAAAGGCUUUUGGCUUUUUCUGUGUUACCUGUUUUCAGAAAUGUGAAAAGAAAUCCUGUCUAGAAAUAUUUUCUUUUUAACGUAUUUAUUGUUUUAGGUUUUACCCUGGAAUUUUUUUAUUUUACUGUUUACACCAUUUGCUUAGUUUACGAUUCAUUAGGAAAGCAAUCAUUAUCAAUCCAAUAAAAAAUUGUAAUUAACCCGAGAUUUUAAGAUUUACCUUGGCUGAGUCUAAGGAAAUUUUAUAUUUUUUAAUAAAACUUGUUUGUUAAUCUGA